UUUUUUUUUUCUCUUUUCUUUUUCUCUUUAUACUAUGGCCAAAAAGCAGCUUAUAUCGCGGUCGCCUCACUUUGAUUUAGCCAAUUUUCCAGUUUCGGAAACUAUCAAAAUGUUGACGUGUCUUUUAGAAAAGAUCACGAAAGCAAAUGAUGCUCUUCAUCGGCCACCUUCUUCAUCUUGGACUUGUUUCCAUGCUCGUUCUAUACCAAGUAUUGAUGUCUAUUCUUACUUGACUCGUAUUCUUAAAUACUGUCCCUGCGCGAAUGAAUGCUUUCUUAGUCUGCUGGUCUACUUUGAUCGUAUGUCGCAAAACAGAAAAGAUGCGUUACGUAUUGAUUCACUGAACAUUCAUCGAUUGAUUAUUGCUGGUAUCAUGAUUGCCAGUAAAUUCUUUUCUGAUGUCUUCUUUACCAAUACACGCUAUGCAAAGGUGGGUGGCUUACCUGUAAAAGAAUUGAAUCAGUUGGAAUUGGAGUUUUUGCGCAUGAAUAAUUACAAUAUCAAUGUUUCUCUUCAAGAGUUGCAACGAUAUGGUAAUCAAUUGUUAAUGCAUUCCAUUCGAGAGAAAGAAGCAGAGUUUAAAAAAGAAAGUGUCCUUUUUGAUGUUGUUCAUACAAAGCAAUCUAAAUCCAUGGCUUAUUUGUGUUCUUGACGCGUUUGUUCUAUUUACUGUAAAUUUGUAUAUAUCUAUAUCUAUCUAUCUACCUAUCUAUAUAAAAAAAAAAACUUGUACCUGAUCGUACUCUAGUUUAUACUUAUCCAUAAGCCUCCUUUUUUUGGGGGGGAUUAUGCAAAUGAUCCAAUCAAAUAGAUUCGUGACUGUUACUUGAUCUUAUUCGCAUAGC